AUAAUGAACAGACGAUCAACAUUUCUUAUCGCUGUGAUUGUAGUGUUGGUUUAUUUUUCAAUAAUUGUUUUUAUGUUACGGCCUUUACAAAGUGGCAGGAGUUAUUAUGGUAACAAUAUAGGCAUCAGUCAUCUGGGAUUUCGUGAGAUAAGAGUGAGCUGGUGUAAAGAUUUAAGAUUGCGGUCACCGCCCUCAUCGCACGUAGUAGCCCUUGUGUCUUAUCCAGGGAGUGGAAAUACUUGGUUACGGUAUCUCCUGCAACAGGUUACAGGUAUAGUUACUGGAUCAAUAUAUAUGGAUUAUGGCCUCCGCAUGCAUGGUUUCCCAGCUGAAAAUGUGACAGAUGGCUCAGUGCUAGUUGUCAAAACUCAUGAAGCUCCACCAGUGGAGCCCAACAAGUUUAAAUCUGCAAUUCUUCUUAUUAGAAACCCUAGGGAUGCUAUUUUGGCUGACUUCAAUAGAUUACAUAAAGGACAUAUAGGCACAGCGCCAAAAUCGGCCUUUAAGAAGAAAUCGCAUGAACCCAAUAAAUCUGAUUGGACCUCGUAUGUAUUCAACCAGCUGUCAGUGUGGGAGUCAUUGCACCGGCAAUGGAUCACGAAGUUCCUUGGGCCCAUACAUGUGGUAUUCUAUGAACUGCUUGUGCGGGACACAAGAAAUUCCUUGCUAGGAAUUCUGAAUUUUCUGAACCACACUGUCUCAGAGGAGGACAUGAAUUGUGCGGUGGCUAAGCGGGAAGGAAUUUAUAAACGUAAGAAGAAAUAUAAAGACUUCGAACCAUUCUCACCUGAAAUGUACUCUGCUAUUUACACAGUCCGUCAGAGAGUACUGAAACUGGUUAAAGAAUAUAAUGACAAACAUAAAAACAUUACCCUUGUUGUGGUGGAGUGUGCUAGAGACGUAAACGUGCAAAAUCCCGCACAAAGCUACAACGAAAAAACUAGUAUAGAAAAAUAAGUACUUAAAAAGAUAUAAUGUACUUCAAUAGGGUAAAUAGUAUAUUAAAAAAAACUUCUUGGGCUUCAUAAAUGAGUAUGUAAAACGCUUAUGUAAUAAAGGAAUUCGCUCAAGUUUGUAAAUUACCCAAGUGAAAAUAUUUAAAACCGAAUUUACCUACUUGAAAUUUAAACUAUACAUUUCUCUAGAUUUUAGUCGUGAUUGCUGCUUAUUGAAUAAGUACCCCUAGGAUUU